UCCUGGAACUCACUCGAUAGACCAGACUAGCUUCGAACUCCUGCCUCCUCCAGAACUUCUGGAACCCAGCCUCCCAAAUACUGGGAUUAAAGGCGUGCACCACCACCGCCCACCACCGGAAGACGGCUCUUAUGCUGCCUAUAUAAGCAAUGGAUGGCGCUGAUGCUCCAAGCACUUUGCUGAGAGAUCUGGGAAGACAGGAGACUGCGGGCACGAAGACUGGGCUGGCAAGGCGUCUGGACCAACAUCGAACCUAUCUCUGGUAGGCCGGUUUACACCGGAGUCACUUCAGACCAAGGGGAAAUAUUCACCCCAGAAAUGGCUAUGAAUGUGCCACCAGACAGCCUUGUCACAUCGGGGCAGCCACUAUCACUAAUGUCCCAGGUAAAUCAUGGAGAAAAGCAAAACUACAACCCCGAAUUUUGGCACAUGAAGUUCCGAGGUUUCAGCCCUUUGAAAGGGUCCAACCACAUCCAGGACCUGAGGAGACUGUCUGAGCUAUGCUAUCAGUGGCUGAGGCCAGACCUGAACAGCAUGGAGGAGAUCCUGGAUCAGCUGGUGUUGGAGCAGUUCCUAAUCUGCAUGCCGCCAGACCUGCAGGCCUUAGUGAAGGAGAGUGGAGUGAAGAGCUGCAAAGACCUGGAAGAGAUGCUGAGGGAAGAGAAACCCCGUGACUGGUCCAUAAUCUAUUCUGAAGGACAGGCAUACCUCCUUCGGGAUCCCAGCCUUGGGAAGGCUGAAGCCACAGAGGAUAAAUGGGAUCAUAUGGAUUUGUCCCGAGAGCACCAGUCAAAUCAGAAUGAGGAGUUUCCCAACAGAGGCCAGGCCAGCCAGGAGCUGCAGAACCUCUCAGAGACUGAAGAGCCAUCCACCAGCCAGGAAGAGGACAUUUUGCCGGCAGUAAUUCCUGAGAAGAGACAGCCAGACUACCUGAGACCUGAGCAGAGCCUGGGGAAUGACUCAGUUCCUGAUUGGAAAGAGGCAGAGACAUCUUUGUUUGUUGGUCAGGACCCUCAUCCAACACUGAAUCCUGGAGUACAAGCUGGUUCUCUCAGAGUAAAGCGUGCCGUGCUGCCCCAAGAAGACAGUGUUGUGGAUGCUGUACCAUCUUUCACCCAUAUUCAGGAAAGAGAGUUAGCCGUGAAUAGAGAUCUUCAGAGUCUUCGUGGUUCCAACUUACCCACUUCCCAAGGAGUGGCCUCCUAC